GGCUCGUGGAUCAUUUAAAUAAAUGAUGGCUACUUUCAAUUUCAAUGUAGGUGUGCUUGGUCACGUUGAUAGUGGAAAAACUAGUUUAUCCAAAGCACUGAGCACGGUUGAGAGCACCGCAAGCUUUGACAAGAAUCCCCAGAGCAGGGAGCGCGGCAUUACUCUUGAUUUAGGCUUUUCCUCAUUCUCUGUCGACAUCCCUGAGCAUCUUCGAGCGGCGGCACCAACAUGUCAACGACUUCAGUAUACUCUGGUGGAUUGUCCUGGGCAUGCCUCUUUGAUACGAACAAUAAUUGGAGGAGCACAGAUAAUAGACUUGAUGAUCCUGGUGGUGGAUAUCACGAAAGGUGUCCAGACACAGACUGCAGAGUGCCUAGUUAUAGGGGAGAUCACCUGUGAUCACAUGAUUGUUGUCCUGAAUAAAGUAGACCUCGUGCCACAAGAAAAACGAGAUGCUCAAGUGGAAAAGAUGAAGAAAAGAAUGCACAAAACCUUAGAAUCUACAAAGUUCAAGGGAUGUCCAAUUUGCGCUGUAGCAGCCAAACCAGGCGGGUCUGAGGGAAAUGGAUCUGAAAGUUUUGGACUCGCUGAGUUAAUAUCCAUUCUGAGUGACAAUACUUACCUCCCUAAGCGAGAGAGCUCUGGUCCGUUCAUCUUCUCAGUGGAUCAUUGCUUCUCCAUCCGAGGCCAGGGCACCGUGAUGACUGGCACAACCUUGAGUGGCUCUGUGGUCAUCAAUGAUACCAUUGAAAUCCCAUCUAUGAAAGUCACUAAAAAAGUCAAGUCUAUUCAGAUGUUUAAAAAGCCAGUGGAUUCCAUUAUUCAGGGAGACAGAGCAGGGAUCUGUGUGACCCAGUUUGAUCCCAAGCAUCUGGAGAGGGGUCUGGUAUGUACCCCUGGGGCUCUCCCUACAAUAUAUGGGGGAAUUAUAAGUGUAGAAAAAAUAGGAUACUACAAAGGACUGGUCAAUUCUAAAGCCAAGUUCCACAUCACCUCAGGGCAUGAAACAGUGAUGGGAAAGGUAUCAUUCUUUGGACUUUACGAACAAGAUUCAGCAGGGAAUAACGACGAGUUUGAUUUUGAUAAAGACUACGUGUAUCAGGAAGAGCUAUUUAGAAAAUCUAGCAGUGGAGAAGGUGAAGACCCCCAUCCAGUCAAACAGUUUGCAGUUAUCGAGUAUGAACGACCAGUCACAUGUCCUGAGCGCUGCCUUGUGAUUGGCUCUAAGCUGGACACUGACAUUCAUGCCAACAUGUGUCGACUGGCGUUCCAUGGCCGUCUGUUGGUGGGGUUCCAAGACUCACAGUACCAACAGGCCGUGCUGCCCAAAGUACGAGUUUACAAAACCAAAGUUCGGGAAGGGUUAGUAGAACGCUGUAAUGAUGAGUACACUGUGAUCGGCAAAAACCUGUUCAAAAAAGAGACCAACAUCCAAAACUUUGCAGGCAUGAAGGUGGCUCUAUCGUCAGGGGAACAGGGAGUCAUUGAGGGAGGGUUUGGUCAGAGUGGGAAAGUGAAAAUCAGAAUUCCAGACGGUGUCAAGCCAGACACCUAUCAGAGGUACAGUGGAGGAUCCAAGAAAAAAGCACCAAAAGCAGAGGACACGCCAUCAGAUCAUCAGCCAAUCAAAAUUAGUUUGACAUUUAAGCGUUAUAUGUAUGAUCCAGAGAGAAAAAUGAAGCAAACAUAGUUAAACAUGUACAUGUAUUGCAAUUUUGAUAAAAAAAAAUUCUUGGCUUAAAAUAUUUUAAAACAUAUAUAUAAUUAUAUACAUUCUUUACCGACAUAUUUAUUAUUCUUGUUUUUUAAUUUACUGGCCGAUAAACAGCUGAAGGCAAGAUUUUAUGUACAAUUGUACCGAUAUUUUAUUUAAUACUACAGUCAAACUUUGUUACCUCGAACAAAAUUGGACUGUUUAAAAACUUCAAGAUAACCGAGUAUUCGAGAUAUUAAGCUUACGGUAAAAUACUUAAGAAAUAGGUGGUUUGGACUUACAAAUCAUUGCGACAUAUCCAUUGUAUUCAGGAUAUCAUACAGAGAAACAGCUGUUGGCCGGAUUCUUUCUACCUGGGUAUUCUUACUUUUUAAUAUGCUUAACUGGCAGGGAAUCAGUUUUUGGCAAAAUUCCUUCGCAUUACAAUUUUCAAAUCGUGGGUACUGUUUUAUAUUGAUAUAUAUAUAUAUAACUGAUUUGUUAUAAAUUCAAAAAA